AUGGAUUGGCCGGCUCUCACUCUCACCAGCUUCACGGCGGUCACAAUCCUUAUCUUCCUACCGUUGAGUGCUUCCGACGAUCGGCUUGUCCCUGGCAGGGCGCUGUCCCCAGGUAACUUCAUCCUCUCCGAUCAUGGUGGAUUCGCCUUGGGCUUCUUCAGCCCCUCCAACUCCACUCCGACCAGCCUGUACCUAGGCAUAUGGUACACCGGCAUCCACGAGCUCACAGUCGUGUGGGUCGCCAAUCGAGAAGCCCCAGCCACCAACACCACUUCCUCUCCACCAACGUUCUCCCUCACCAACACCUCUAAUCUGGUUCUCUUCGAUGGUAAUGGUGGCCGCCGUGUCCUUUGGACAACGACCAACGUGGCCACUGCCGUGGGCUCAUCUACCUCAACGGCAGUGCUUCUGAACACUGGCAACCUCGUUAUUCGGUUGUCAAAUGGCACCAUGUUGUGGCAGAGCUUCGGCCACCACACUGACACAUUCCUCCCUGGCAUGAAGCUACGGAUAAAAAAUAGCACACAUGGCACCGCUGAGCAUCUGGUAUCCUGGAAAGGCCCUAACGACCCUUCGUUGGGGCGCUUCUCCUAUGGCAGUGACCCGAACAGAUCCCUACAAGUAUUCCUAUGGGACGGGGAGCACUCGGUGUCUCGCAGCGCCCCAUGGACAGGGUACCUAGUGAUGAGCCAAAGCCAACAACAACUUGGGGGCGCAAGGGCAACUAACGUCAGCGAUUUUAUCAUCUAUGUGGCCUUCGUCGACAAGGACGAUGAGAUGUACAUCACCUAUAGCCUCUCCGACGGCGCCCCACGCACCAGGUUAGUGCUCACCUACUAUGGCGAGUAUCAGCUCCAGAGUUGGAGCAACAAGUCAUCAGCGUGGGCUGUCCUUUGGAAGUGGCCGUCUGCUGAAUGCAACCGCUACAAUUAUUGUGGCCCAAAUGGAUACUGCGAUGAGACAUCCACCAAGCCUGCCGUGCCAGCAUGCAAGUGUCUCGACGGCUUUGAGCCGACUAACACGGAGGAGUGGACUGCAGGCAGAUUCCCGGCAGGGUGCCAAAGGAAGAAGGCGCCGCGAUGCAGUGACGGAUUCUUAGCCUUGCCGGGGAUGAAGUCACCUGACAUGUUUUCUUCCGUGGGCGGGGACAUGAGUACGUUCGAGGAGUGCACAGCAGAGUGCAGAGUGCAGCCGCAAUUGCUCGUGCGUGGCAUACACGUUCAGCAACCUGAGCACUGGCAGGUCUGGAGGAGACGUGACCAGAUGCUUGGUGUGGAAUGGGGAGUUGGUUGA